AGGACCUGAGAAUCUCUCCAAUUACCAAGGAAGGACGACAAAACCCCCUUUGGCAGCCGCACUAUAAAAUCCCCCUCCCAAUCCUCCCUUCAAUCGGCACUGCGAAUGAGCGAAACCGUAAGAAACUCCUCCUCCUUGUAACCCUUUCCUUUUUCCUCUCUGUUCUCUUCUCCGAGGCUCCCUCUGCCUCCAAAUAAUAACAAAUAAUAAAAAAAACCUUCUUGGUCCUUCUUCCCCUGCUAUUUUCCCCUAUAUUAGCUUAGCUAUAUAUAUAUAUACAUAUAAGGACAAGAUGACGAUCCGCAUUGAGCAAUCCGAGGCCGUCAACAACGCUGCUCCCGUUGUGGAGCAGAAGAACAAAGUCGUCGGAGAAGAGAAGGAGGAAUUGGUGUUGGAUGGUGGGUUUGUGGUGCCGGACAAAGUCGUCUCCAGCCAUGGGUUCGCCGCCCCGGAUAUCAACGCCUUCGGCAAUUCGUUCAGGAACUACAAUGCAGAGAACGAGAGGCAGAAGACGGUGGAGAAUCUGUACAGGGAGCAACACACUACCCAGACCCUUGAUUUCGUGAAGAAGAUGAGGGCAGAGUACGGGAAGCUGAACAGGGCAGAAAUGAGCAUAUGGGACUGCUGCGAGCUGCUCAACAGCGUGGUGGACGACAGCGACCCGGAUUUGGACGAGCCCCAAAUCCAGCAUCUGCUGCAGUCCGCCGAGGCAAUCCGCAAGGACUACCCUAACGAGGAUUGGCUCCACCUGACCGCCCUUAUCCACGAUCUUGGGAAGAUUCUGCUUCUGCCACAGUUUGGUGGGCUGCCCCAAUGGGCCGUGGUGGGUGACACUUUCCCUCUGGGUUGUGCUUUUGACGAGUCCAAUGUUCACCACAAGUACUUUGCUGAGAAUCCCGACAGCAAGAACCCAAUCUACAGCACCAAGAAUGGAGUUUACAAGGAAGGAUGUGGCCUUGACAGUGUCUACAUGUCGUGGGGCCACGAUGACUACAUGUACCUGGUGGCCAAGGAGAACAAGACCACCUUGCCUUCAGCUGCAUUGUUCAUCGUCAGAUACCACUCGUUCUACCCUUUGCACAAGCACGGGGCGUACAAGCACCUGAUGAACAAGCAGGACGAGGAGGAUAUCAAGUGGCUCCACAUCUUCAACAAAUAUGAUUUGUACAGCAAGAGCAAGGUCCAUGUUGAUGUUGCAGCAGUCAAGCCAUACUACCAAUCCCUCAUUGCCAAAGUAAGUACAGCAAAAUCUCUACUGGGCCUUUGGGCCUGCAUUUCCUAUUGGGCUUCAUUAAUCACUCUUUGUUUCUUUAAUUUUGGAUUCUAAUGAUGAUAUUUUUUGGGUUGGGCAGUAUUUCCCAGAGAAACUGAGAUGGUGAUUUGGCAACGAGGAAGAGGAAGGAGGUUCAUGUCUUUGGAAGAGAGUAGUGGUGCCCAUGAAAGCUUUUCUCCCUCUUUUGCUUUCUUCUUUUUUUCCCCAAUAUCUCUUGUUGUUUUUUUUUUCUUUUCUUAAGAGGGUGAGGGGCUUAAAUAUAAUUAGUAAAGCUUUUGUGGUAUGAAUGAAUGUUGGAAGAGAAAGUUUGCUCAUCACUCCCUCUCUUCCAUUAUGUUAUUUUAUUAUUAUAAUAUUAAAAAGGAAAAAAAUUACCAGGAAAAUUAUUUUCGAAGAAGUUGUCCUAAUUUAAUUGAGCGGGCUUGCUCACCAAAUAAAGAAGUAAGCUAAGUUGUCAUGUUUUAAUUGGCACCAUGGUCCAUGGAUCAGUCUGGUAAGCUCAGUUGGCGGUUGAGCCCAGAUCCAGUUGUUGAAAUAACAGUAAGCCGAGGCCCAGAUAAAGACGGUUAUCCUUUUUUAUGACGGGGCAUCAAAACAAGUGAAGUCAUAUAACGUUCUCACACGUCAACACUUCAAAGUUAAUGCUUUUGAAUAGUUA